AUGUCUGCAUUAAUACCUGAGUUCUCGACGGCCUCCCCUGAUGGCAGUGGCAUCUUCUUCCACACUCUACGCCAGGCCAACGCCAGCGAGGAGAACGUGGACACCUCCGACCAUGUGAACAACACAUCGUGCUCUGCAGGCACCACUGCAGAUGCUGCACCCACCUUGCGCGAGAGUGACCCCGAGAAGGACGCCGAAAGCAGCCCAGCCGUUCCGGUCGUCAGCAACAUCUCCUCCCACGACACGAUCAAUGCCAGCGCCGAGAAUGGUUCCCACCCCGUCAGCCGCAGCCACAGCAAUGCCGUGGCAGAACUGCCGACAGCAAACACACCUUGCGCCGGCGCCGGCGACAGCGACAUUCGGAUCCUGCCCUGCGGCGCCGUCGUCGCCACCAACGAGAGGGAAAAUCGUGGCUGGCGCAAAAUUGUGCGCAACUUUACGCCGUCGUGGUUCUCUGUGUGCAUGGGCACGGGCGUCGUCGCCAUCUUGCUGCACAACCUGCCGUACAACGCCCACUGGGUGUGGUACCUUUCCGUUGCCGUCUUCUGCCUCAACAUUCUGCUGUUCAUCACCUUUUCGCUCAUCACGAUUACGCGCUACGUCGUGUAUCCGGAGAUUUGGAAUGUCAUGAUUAAGCACCCGUCCCAGUCGCUCUUCCUAGGGUGCAUUCCCAUGGCCUUUUCGAGUGCGUAUGCCCUUGACGCUUCUGUCUGUGCUGUCACACAUCACCUGCUAACAAGCACAGCCAUUGUCACAAUGAUGGCCCUCGUCUGCACAACAUGGGGCAACUGGGCAAUCUAUCUGAUCUGGGCGUUUUGGUGGGUCGACGUCUUUGGCUCCUGCGCCUGCAGCCUGAUUAUUCCUUUUGUGAUCACCAGUAUCCAUCACCAUCGCAAUCAGCUCUCUCACAUGACCGCUGCCUUACUCCUGCCUGUCGUGCCUGUCAUUGUCGCGGCUGCCUCUGGCAGCGUGAUUGCCGAGGCCCUGCCGAACCGCUCGCACCAACUCACCACCCUGGUCCUCUCCUACAUCAUCUGGGGCCUCGGCGAGACCUUCUCCUUCUUUAUCAUGACGGUGUACUUUCUGCGCCUGCAAAUCCACGACCUGCCGCCGCGCGAAGUUAUUGUGUCCGUCUUCCUACCCAUCGGUCCGCUGGGCCAGGGCGGCUUUGCGAUCCAGCAGCUCGGCAAGCUCGCCAUGCAGGUUCUGCCCGCCACCGGCGCGUUCAACGGCGCCAUCCCUGACGGCACCAGCCCCAAUGCCCUCGAUGCCACCGCCCUGUACGGCCCCACCGUGCUCUACAUGAUUGGAAUCCUCGCCGGGUUCUUUUUGUGGGGCGCCGCUCUCGGCUGGCUGGCGUUUGCCAUCAUCUCCAUCAUGACCACCAAGUCGUUCCCCUUCAACAUGGGCUGGUGGGGCUUUGUCUUCCCGCUCGGCGUCUUUACGAGCUGCACAGGCGUGCUGGCCGUAGAGCUGUCGAGCACCUUUUUCAAGGUCAUCACCAUGAUCUUCUCAGCCCUGGUGUUUUGCCUGUGGAUUCUCGUGGCCGUCAAAACCACCAUCAUGGUCUACCGCGGCAACAUGUUUUAUGCGCCGUGCCUGCGCGAUCUGCACCCCAAGGAGGAGCAGCCGGGCGGCAAACGAACGGUGUAG